AAACGUUGUUUGUUGUGAUUUUUGUAAGAACUGUCACACAUGUUUAUUUACCACUAAUUAAUAAUAUUGAAAUCGAUUUGUACAAAAAUGUCUCAAGAGCCUAAAAAUGAAGAGAAGGAUUUGACGUUUGAAGAAUUUCUGCUUGUCCAUCAGCAUCAGUUGGAGAGUUCAUGUGUACCACAACUAUACUGGACAACUUUGUUCAAGAAGCUGAAAAAUGAGAUAUAUGAUGCAGGAGAGGUGUUCCAGAUACAGUGUGUUCAAGAAGAAGCAGAGGAUGAGGACAGUGAAGAAGAUGAUGAGAAUACUAGCAGCUGUAGUUGGAGGGUUGUUGUCAAUACAGAGGAGGGCAUUAAAUGCAUAGAUAAAAAGCACAUUUACCUUGUUGAUCAUGCGUGGACAUACCGUGUACAUGAGGCACGGGAUUAUCUUAACCAGGUGGCAGGACUUAAAGAAAGAAUGGCAGCUUUGAUGGAUGUUCCUACAGAGGGUAGAGAGCAGAAGAAAGUUGUUGAUGACUUACUGAAAGAAAUGUGGAAAUUCAAUAAUACAUACAGCCUUGGUAACUAUGAACUGGGUACAAAUGAACGUCUUCCAAUAUGGUAUGUAAUGGAUGAGUUUGGUUCCCGUAUUCAGCAUUCAGAUAUGCCAACAUUUAAGAUGGCACCCUUCAUGUAUGGACCACAGCAUAUAGCAUAUUCAAUUAUCUGGCCAGUCAGAGACCUCGAAAAGGGAGAGGAAGUAACAAGAGAUUAUGUACCAAAUAUUCAACAUCCUGGGAGGAGAAAAGCUAUGCUGUUACCAUGGAUACAAUGUGACUUCAAGGAUAUUUCAUAUGAACAACCAGAACCAGAACCUUCCUUCUUCUCAGCUCACAGGAUAGAAGAUGAAGACACCUCUGAUAUGAAGAAGGUCCCACCCCUACCUACUGAUCGGAAAUUAAAGGUGUGUCUAGAUUACCCACAAUCCCCAGAGUUAACAGACAGCAGGUUUGAAUUGGUAGAAUCGGGUGAAGAAGCAGACAUUAUCUGGACACGACACAGUUUCAAGGAUUAUAAGUCAUUAUACAGUGAAGGAGUGUACAGAUAUAUAAACCAGUUUCCAAGUGAACAAUGUUUAACAGUGAAAGAUCUGUUACCUAUAGUCUGUCGGAGAGCUGGUUCUGGCAAAUAUGACCCAGAAACACUAGAGGGGUCUCCAAAAUGGCUGCCAGUGUCAUAUAAUCUCAAUACUGAAAUGGACAAAUUUGUUUCCUACUUCCAGCACAGAGAAGAAAAAGGUCUUGAUAAUGUAUGGAUUUUAAAGCCGUGGAAUCUCUCCAACUCUGCAGACAUAACAGUCAGUGAUAAUCUCAACCAGAUUAUUCGCUUCUCAGAAAGUGGACCAAAAAUAGCUUGCAAGUAUAUAUCAGACACUGUAACUAUACAUAGAGAAGAUAUCAAGUCAGAUGUAAAAGUUGACUUCAGGUUCCUGGUGUUUUUGGCCAGUGUGAAACCAUUGAAACUCUGGGUAUAUAAACCUUUCAGUGUCAGGAGAGGACACAAACAAUAUGAGUUAACAGACUAUGAUGAUUUCCUACGACAUCUGACAUAUGUUGGUCUCUACGAAUAUAAAGAUGUUUACAGACCUGGUAUGUACACAGAGCAAUUUAUAGAGCCAUUUGAAGCAGAAAAUCCAGGUUUUAAAUGGGAACCUAUAGAGGCCUCCAUACACCAGAUGUUUCUGGAAGUGUUUCAGGCAGCUACCAGUAAGGCUCCACCAGCUGGGAUGUCCCAUUUCCCACUGUCUAGAGCUAUUUAUGGCAUUGAUUUAUUGUUGCAGUGGAGCAAAAAUGAAAAAGGAGAGAAAUAUGUACAGCCUAUGUUAAGUGAGGUGAACUUUGCCUGUGAUUAUACCAGCUGGAUGGAGGAAUAUCCAGAAAUGCUUAAUGACGCCUUCAGUGUAUUAUUCUUCAAUGACAUCAAAGGACGUGAAGAUAGGAUCAUCCCACUGUCUUGAUGAGCUGUUCUAAUGUAGACUGGAUCGGUUUUUAUAUUGUUAUAAUAACUAACCUCAUUAAUCGUUACAUAGACUGGAUCAGUCUUAAAAUAAUGAUAUAUCAUAGCACACUGUAGACUGUAUUGAAGGUUUGGCUUCCAUCAUUAGACACAAGCAUGAACAGGAUCUUUCCAAAAUGGAUCUUCAUAUAUCAAAUGGAACAUUGCAAAAGGUUAGAAGAUGAAAGUUGCCAUCAGCUUUUCUUAUCUGUCUAAGUUGUUAUACAAGACGUGACCUUUGCACAGUACAAGGAAGGAUCCAGUAUGCCUCUCUGAGCAAAAGUUCAGGAAGUGGCAAAUUCUUUAUAAUGCAGAAAUAAGCUUAAAGUAGAAUUUGUACCAAAAACCUAAGAAAAGUCAAGUGACAGGAAUAUACAACAUUUAUCAUAUACCUCAGAGUAUAUCUUGUCAGUCCAAACUUACACAGACAUUUCAUAGUUCUAUUUUGGGCAAUUCAUGUGUUCAUCUUAACUGUUUCAAUACCAGUAAGCUCUUAUUUGUUAUAUAAAGGAAACAGCAAAUUGUUAAAGUUUUCAUUUUUAUUUCAUUUUAGUUAGUGAUUUCUUUUAUAAUGAAUCAAUAUGUACAGUUUCAUGUGCAAUAAAUACUUUUAAAAACA